AUGAUCCCCAGAGCGCCGCAGACAAGAAUGACCCUCUUGGGUAUUGCCACUGUGGUAGUUCUCUUCCUUUUGUAUUCAACGUCAUCGUCCAGUUUCUCAUUAUCCAGUGCUCCGUCGGUGGUAUACGUGGACUCCAAGUCGGGAAACGUCAUUGAGAACUUUGUUCCGGGCCAGGGACACGGUGCUGGUGACUCUCAAGGAGAUGCUGCUGCGCCCUUGGCCAAUGAUGCUGUUGUCAAGGCUGGUGAUGGUAAUAACGCCGAAAAGUCUGAAAAGGUCGAGAAGGAGCCCAUCAAAGACGCCGAAAAAGAGGAGGCUGCUGCUGAGCAGCAGAUUGGCGGUAAACAAGUCAUGGGAUCAAAGCCAGGAGACUGUGUGAUAUUGGGACAGCGUGCAAAGGCCACCUUUGUCACAUUAGCUAGAAAUCUGGAGCUCUAUGAGUUGGUCAAGGCCAUCCGUAACGUGGAGGACAGAUUCAACAGAAAAUUCCAUUAUGACUGGGUGUUUUUGAACGAUGAAGAGUUCACACAGGAGUUUAAAGAUGUCACUGGUUCCAUUGUUUCAGGAACGGCCAAGUAUGGACUUGUACCAAAGGAGCACUGGGGUUACCCAGAUUGGGUGGACCAGGAAAAGGCCAAAAAGGGAAGAGAGGCCAUGAAGGCUGCUAAGAUUAUUUAUGGAGAAUCGGAAUCUUAUAGACACAUGUGCCGAUUUGAAUCAGGUUUCUUUUACAGGCACGAAUUGAUGCGAGAAUACGACUGGUACUGGCGUGUGGAGCCCGGUAUUCAAAUUCACUGUGAUUUGGACUACGAUUUGUUCAGAUACAUGGAAGAGAACAACAAGGUUUACGGAUUUACCAUUUCGAUCCACGAAUUCGUAAAGACCAUUCCUACCUUGUGGGAUACCACCAAGGAGUUCCUCAAGUUACACCCAGAACAUGUGGCCAAGGACAACUUCAUGGAUUUUAUCAGUGAUGAUAACGGAGAAACAUACAACUUGUGUCAUUUCUGGUCGAACUUCGAGGUUGCUUCAUUAAAGUUCCUUCGUAGCAAAGCCUACAUGGAUUACUUUGAACAUUUGGACAAGUCUGGAGGCUUUUUCUACGAGAGAUGGGGAGAUGCGCCAGUGCAUUCCAUUGCUGUGUCGCUCUUCUUGCCCAAGGACAAGAUCCAUUAUUUCCACGACGUUGGUUACAACCACGGAGUUUACACCCAAUGUCCAUUGAACUUAGAAUUCCGCAAGCAACACAAGUGUACGUGUACACCAAGCUCUGAUUUCACGUUCAGAGGGUAUAGUUGUGGUAAGAAGUAUUUUGAGAAGAUGGGAUUGGAGAAGCCUGCUGAGUGGGUAGACUACCAAUCGAACGCCCGGCUCAUUCGAUUCGCCGUGUUUGCGCUCGUAUUGAUUUUUUGUGGAUUCAUCCUUACUAAGGGAUCUGCUUACUCGCCUCAGAGUCUGGUGGCCGUUACUCCAGGUACUGGUGAUAUUCAAGAAUCGGUUAAAGAUGGGGUUCCUGAGAAUAAACAAGCCGAGAAGGCUCCAGAUGCAAAAGUUGACGGUGCUGCUGCUCCUGAUGCUCCUGCUGCUGGUGAUGUGAAAGCUGGUGACGCCAAGGCUCCACAGGCCGCCGCUCCUGCUCCUGGCGAAAAGGUCAACGCUGUUUUCGUGUCGUUGGCCAGAAACUCCGACAUUGCAUCCAUGUCCAAGUCCAUCAGACAGAUCGAGGACCGUUUCAACAAGAACUAUCACUACGAUUGGGUGUUCUUGAACGAUGAGCCAUUCAACGACGAGUUCAAGAAGUCCAUCUCUGCGCUCGUGUCUGGAAAGGCCAGUUUCGGUACCAUCCCCAAGGAUCAUUGGUCGUACCCCGACUGGAUCGACCAGGAGAAGGCUGCGUUGGCCAGAGAGGCUAUGGUGCAGAAGAAGGUCAUUUACGGAGGCUCGGUGUCCUACAGACAUAUGUGUAGAUUCGAGUCUGGUUUCUUCUACAGACAUGAGUUGUUGCAACUGUAUGACUACUACUGGCGUGUGGAGCCAGAUAUCAAGAUCUACUGUGACAUUGACUAUGAUAUUUUCAAGUUCAUGAAGGACAAUGACAAGAUGUACGGCUUCACCAUCUCUUUGCCUGAGUACAAGGAAACUAUUCCUACCUUAUGGGAAACCACCAAGAAAUUCAUUGAGGAGAACCCUAAUUUCGUGGACCCCAACAGUAAUAUGGCAUGGAUCUCCGACGACAAUGGUAACACUUACAACGGAUGCCACUUCUGGUCGAACUUUGAAGUUGGAGCAUUCAAGUUGUGGAGACUGGAAGCCUACACCAAGUACUUUGAAUACUUGGACAAGGCUGGAGGAUUUUUCUAUGAGAGAUGGGGAGAUGCACCAGUUCAUUCGAUUGCUGCAUCUCUUUUUAUUCCAAAGGACAAGAUCCACUUCUUCGGCGAUGUCGGUUAUUACCACGUUCCAUUCCACAACUGUCCUGUGGAUGAAGAGACUCGUACAGCCAAGCACUGUAUGUGUCAGCCCAAGGAUGACUUUACCUGGAGAGGUUACUCUUGUACACCUAAGUUUUUCACUCAGCACGGUUUGAAGAGACCUAAGGGAUGGGAAAAUUUCACUCAGUAG